AUGAAACGCAAGCUCGAUCAAAACGACCGACCGGCCUCUGUCCACGAAGCGGACAAGCCCGACGACGACGAGCCCACCACCGUCGCACAGCAGAAGAAGCAGAAGCAACAAGACCAGGACCUCUCCUUCACCGACCUCGGACUGGACCCGCGCCUUCUCCAGGCGGUCUCCAAGCAGAACUUUGAGAAGCCGACCCUCGUCCAGCGCCGGGCCAUCCCCCUAGGCCUGGCGGGCAAGGACAUCCUCUGCAAGGCCAAGACGGGGUCGGGCAAGACGGCGGCGUACGUGCUGCCCCUGCUGGCGUCGAUCCUCAAGAGGAAGCAGUCUCUGCCGUCGUCGGCGCCGACGGCCGGCCCCUCGACGUCGGCGCUGAUCCUCGUGCCCACCCGCGAGCUGGCGGACCAGGUGUUCAAGUCGAUCGAGCAGUUCGCCGCCUUCUGCGCCAAGGACGUGCAGUCGGUCAAGCUGACGGACAAGCUGUCGGACGCGGUGCAGCGGAGCCUCCUGUCUAACUCGCCCGACAUCGUCAUCUCCACCCCCGCGCGGGCCUGGAAGAAUGUCGACUCGGGCGCGCUCUCGCUCGACGCCCUGACCUUUUUGGUCCUCGACGAGGCUGACCUCAUCCUGUCGUACGGCUAUACCGACGACAUGGACAACCUAGCCAGGUCGGUGCCCAAGGGUGUGCAGACGGUCAUGAUGAGCGCCACGCUGUCGACCGAGCUCGAUGGCCUCAGGAAGAUCUUCUACCGGGAACCCACGCUCCUUGAUCUCGAGGAGCCGGAGGCUGAUGGCGAGGGCAUCACACAUUACGUCGUCAAGUGCGGGGAAGAUGAGAAGUUCCUCUUAGCAUACGUCAUCUUCAAACUCCACCUGAUCAAGGGCAAAUGCAUCAUCUUUGUAGCCGACAUUGACCGAUCGUACCGUCUCAAGCUCUUCUUUGAGCAGUUUGGCAUCCGCAGCUGCAUCCUCAACUCGGAGCUCCCCGUCAACUCGAGGAUACAUGUUGUCGAGGAGUUCAACCGCAACGUGUACGACAUCAUCAUCGCGUCCGACGAGAAGAGCGAGAUGCUCAACGUCGACGCCGAGGAGGAGGACGAAGCAGACGAGGCGCCAGAAUCCAAGAAGGAGGCUGCUGCCGCAGGAGACGACGCCGAGAGUGACGGCAAGCGCGCCAAGAAGAAGCGCAAGACGGCCAAGAGAGAUUCAGAGUAUGGAGUAUCGAGAGGAAUCGACUUCAAAAACGUCUCCACAGUCAUCAACUUUGACCUCCCCACCACGGCGUCCUCGUACACCCACAGGAUAGGCAGGACGGCCCGCGCUGGCAAGAAUGGCAUGGCCCUCUCAUUCGUCGUGCCCGGAUCCCUGUACCGCAAGCACAUGCCCACGACGGUCAAGACGGCCGAGAACGACGAGCGCAUCCUGGCCAAGAUCACCCGUCAGCAGAAGAAGAAGGGCAAGGAGGUCAAGGACUACAACUUCAACAAGGAGCAGGUCGAGGCCUUCCGGUACCGCAUGAACGACGCGCUGCGUGCCGUGACAAAGGUGGCCGUCAGGGAGGCUAGGACCCGUGAGCUGCGUCAGGAGCUGCUCAAGAGUGAGAAGCUAAAGAGGUGUGUUCCCUCUCUCCCUCCCUCCCUCUCUCCCUCUCUCUCUCCACAACUGCUGACAACACCCCCACCUGUCUGUUAUAGAUACUUUGAGGAAAACCCUGGAGAACUCAACCACGUCCGUCACGACGGUGAGCUGCGCACGGCAAGGUCGCAACCCCAUCUCAAGCACGUACCCGAAUACCUGCUCCCCAAGGAGGGUAAGCAGGGCCUCACGUCGGAGGAGAUUGGUUUCGUGCCUCUGAAGAAGAGGGGGGACAGGCACAGGAAGGGCAAGCGUGGAUUCAAGGCCGGCUCGAGGAGGGGAGAUCCUCUCAAGACGUUUAGAGCGAAGAGGAGGACGAAAUAG